AAGGAAGAAUACAUCGAGUGUUCAUUUUUACACCCAGGCACGUUUAUUUUUUUUUUCUAGUGGUCUAAAUAUAGAACUAAAGGGACUGGGAGUUUUUACUGCGCGCAUGCUACCCAAUGCGCCAUCGAAUCGGCCAACUAUCAAGACGUUUAGCACGGAAAAAACAUUGUUCAAUUUAUAAAUCAACUUAUCGCACCAGCGACCAGCAGCGCAGCGUGCGCGAGUGAGAAUAACGUAUUUGUCCGGACUUCGUAUUACUAUAUUUCGUUUCGGUGGCUGUAUUGCAUUUUUCGCUAUACAAUAAACGAAUUGUUCAUUUUCAACGGAUUCAAAAUGGGCAGCGUUGAAGAAAUCUAUGAAAAUGAAAUACAUCGUACUAUCACGCGGCGUACGAGCUACAAAAUUCAAGAGACGUCGUCGAAAAAGACCACCACCAUGACCACCGCCCCUGCCAAGCUGUACGGCAAGAACUUGAGUGAUUAUGACGAGCUCGACGUCGACCAAUUGCUCUCUCAAUUGUCACCCGAAGAGAUCAGCAUUUUGGCUAAAGAAGUCGAUCCGGACGACAACUUAUUACCACCAUCAGAGCGUUGUAGUUAUGAAUGUAACAAAGAAGCCACCGGACCAUUAAACAGAAAAAAACUGAUUGAGCAUAUUAACAAACAAGCUCUUGAAACACCUGAUCUACCAGAAAUUAAACCGUAUGUUGCUGGAACUGUACGAGGGAAAAAGUGGGUGGCACCUGAAACCAAUGGUAACACUGAACAUGAAGAUAAAAUUGCAAUUGAUCUUGAUGAUGAAUAUGGUGAUGCAUUGAAUGACGCAUCACAAGAAGAAAUCAUAGAUUUGGCUGCUAUACUAGGAUUCCAUUCAAUGAUGAACCAAGAUCAAUAUCAUGCUUCACUAUUGAAUAAAGGUCAGCCAGUUGGCUUAGGAUGGGAUGGUGUUACAAAAGCAACACAGCCUAAGGUGUAUCCUCCAGAGCCGCCCAAUCAAACAGAUCCAGAAGACAGUAUUAAACGAGUACUUGAUGAUGAUUCUAAGUUACUUGAUCUCAAUUGGAACAACAUUAAAAAUAUUUCUGAUGAAAAGUUUGAGAAUCUAUUCAAAGCUUUAGUGGAAAAUACUCAUUUAGAAACAUUAAGUUUGGUAAAUGUUGGACUUACUGAUCGGUUAGCACUCAAGCUAGCUGAAGCAUUAGAGAAAAAUUGCACAUUACGUGUUUGCAAUGUGGAAACAAAUUUCAUUAGCCCUGUAGGAAUAGUCCAUUUAGUCAAGUCCUUAUUGAAGCAGAGAUCUUUAGAAGAAUUCCGUGCCACCAACCAGAGAUCCCAAGUAUUGGGAAAUAAGAUAGAAAUGGAACUUACCAAAUUGAUUGAACAAAAUCCAACUAUUCUUAGACUGGGUUUGCAUUUGGAGUACAAUGAUGCUCGUCAUCGCAUUGCAUCACAUUUACAACGCAAUAUUGACAGGAUAAGAAAAGACACGCCGUUGAAAAUGAAAUUUAGGUUCUUUAGAAAAACACCCCAGAAGCACCGCAAGAACUUGAUCAAAUAAAUGAUCGGCGGAUUACAUUAUUGAGGCCGCUUACGCAGAACUGGUCACUUUGCGCGUACGUACACUGGCGGUUGGGUUGUACACAAAAAGGCUAAAUAAAUACGAGUUUGUGCCUAGACCUUGGUCCUAGACUCUUAUUUUUAAGUAUUUAAUUAUAUACUAUAUUUAUAUAAUGUAUUGUUUUUUUUCUCCUCAUUAAUUGUUCAAAAAAUUUGUAUAUAUAUUUAUGUUGUGGUCUUAUGCUGGCCUUUUCAUAUGCGUUUAGUUCUUAGUGCAUGUGUGUGACAAUUGUAUUAAUUUGAAUUUUUAAACAUAAAAUUGUAUUUAUUAAUAUAAUUGAGUUAAACAAAUUUAUUAUAUAAAAAGAAAUUUUAUCUUGUUAAAUUGCACAAUUUUUAUUUUGUGCGUAUUGUUUUAAAAACUGAUAUAUUUUUUACUAUCGAGUUGUUCAUAAAAAAUUAAGUAGUACCUAGAAAGACUAAUUAAAACAAAUAGCAUAACCCUAAUUUGAUUUUGUAUUGCUAAACAUUUAUAGUUAUUUUAUUAAGGUUAUUAUGUAUUUUUACACUGAUACUAUUUCACUUUUAAUUGCAUUAAAUGCCUUUAAUUGUAAACAAUUUUACUACACCAAAUUUUGCCAUACUAUUUUUAUAAAAUGAUUAUUUUGUAUUAAUGUUGCUGUUGUGUUGCAACUACAUUAUUUUAAUACGAUGAUCACUUAUUAUACUCACUUAAAAUAUAUAGUAAUGUAUAACGCAA